CGUUUUUUACUUGAGUCUUCCAAUGAUCCGAGGACCAGGACUCUUAAGUCUCCCAAGGUACCAGGACUCUUAAGUCUCCCAAGGAGCUGACUGGUAUACAACAAGAUCAGGUGGACAAUGGAGUUACAUUGGAAGAGGCUCUACUCAUGCAUGAUGAAUGGCUUGAAAUCAAUGGGAUAAAGAACUCCAACUUUGUUGUUGUCACGCGGUCUAACUGCGAUUGUGAGGUAAUGCUUGAAUCUGAGUGCAAAUUCAAGAAGAUACCAAAGCCUGCUUAUUUCAACAGGUGGAUCGACUUAAGGGUUCCUUUCAAUGAGGUGUUUGGUGAUAUGAGGCGCAAAUUAAAGAAAGCUCUUGAGAUAGCUAGAUUGAAAUGGGAGGGGCGUGCUCAUUCUCGACUUGAUGAUGCCAAAAAUACUGCUCGAUUGUUGGCAUUGAUCAUGCACAAGGGUUAUAAGUUUUCCAUUACUAAUUCCUUGCCUUGGAAGCAGUCUGAAGAACGAGCAACAGUUUUUCAUGAUCGCAACUACAAUAUGAUGAUUUUUCCCAUUGUUCAAUAUCCUCCCCCUCCCCCUUACUUUCACCUUGGUGUUAUGCCACAUACCCCUGUAGUUCUGUUGAAUAAGAUAUUUUGAAAUAUAUUGUAAAGACUAUCUUGUCUAAUAUGAUUUUCCCUCUGGUCUAUUCACCGUGGGGUUUCGCAUGAAUUU